AUGCCUUUCCUCAACUCACCGCACGAGUCAGUCGCAAAUGAGGCUACAGCCACCGCAGCUUCCGAGUCAGCUAUCCCAGACUCUUCUACCCGAACGGGGGCUCAACGCGACGCAUUGGCGGGUCUCGACGAAGUCAUUCGGAAAAUGAUACUAGAGCGCAGCGUUGUUCAAACCGAUAUCAUUCAGCAACGUGCGGUUCUCAACAGACAAGUUGCACACCUCUCAUCAAUCGAUGAAAAUAUCCAAAAUCUCCAGGGCGUCUGGGCCAACAUGGCGACCGAUUUCAGCCUCACAUCCAAUAAAUAA